UGCUGUAACUUUAGACUAUAAAAAGGUAGAAUGUUUUCUUCUGUUAAUCAGUUAUUCAAUCUCAGCUUUCAAGUAUUCUAAAAUAUCUAAAGAAGAAACGUACCUAACAAAGACAUGGAAUUUACAGAACAACAAAUUGAAGAUGUCAGAGAAGCUUACGAACUUUUCUCCGAUUCCGAUGGUGAAACGAUCUACUAUCACCAGGUUGGUGACGUCAUUAGAGCACUCGGUGAAUGUCCCACUAAUGAAGACGUCAUGAAAUACAUGGGAAAUCCUAGUCAAGAAGAACUCAAAACAAAAAAAAUGACAGUCGAAGAAUUUUUACCAGUAUUGUCACAAAUUCAAAAACUAGCAAAACAAGGAAGCUACGAAGAUUUUGUUGAAGGAUUACGAGUAUUUGAUAAAGACGGCAAUGGUACAUUGAGAGGAGCUGAAAUCAGACAUAUUUUGACAACUUUAGGUGAAAGAAUGUCAACUAGCGAAGUAGCAACAAUGAUGCAUGGACAAGAAGAUUCGAGCGGAACCAUCAACUAUUCAGACUUCAGCAAAUUUCUUCUCGAGAAAAAGAUUUAAAUGUUGAUGUUAGCAUAAGAGUUUUAUUGGGGUACAUUUUUUAAAUGAAUCUUUUCAUACAAUAAUAAUUUUAUAUCAAUAUUAAAUCUUUCUAAACGAUUUUUGUAUUAGAUUUUAUAUAACUUAAUCAGAACUUGAAUACCUUCAUUUGUCAUGCUGCUUGAUCCUUUAAAAUACUUUUGUAACGUUCGUUUUUUUAUUUGCCGAAUGAUCUCCCUCGCCCUUUCCGGCUGCCUCAAAUAUCAGUUUAAUCAGCCUUUUCCUCCUUAUUCUCUCAUUCUCUUCUUUCCCUCUCUCUAGCGGAACCUUUAUCAAUAUCUGUCACUUUCUGAGCACUAAAAACGUAUCAUGCUAAAUUCAGGUUAUCUUCGGUUAAACCAUUCUUUUGUAUUAGUAUUUUAUUGCCUCUUCGUAAUUACCACAAACGUAAAUAACCACACAAUGAAUGCAUUUUGUAAUGAAGAUUGGAUUUUCUUUUUGUUUCUUGCUAGUCAUUGUCUAAUAUUUUGUCGACAAUAAAUCGAAAUAUUUGAAUAAAUAACGAGAAUGCUG